AACAUUUCAACAUGGACGCAGGGUCAAAUUCCACGUCACAUUUUCCCUGUGGCACUGUGUGCACAGAACUACAACCCUACAGUCUGUGACCAACAGAAGAAAGGAGAGCCAUUGAUGGAAAAUGUCUCCGCCCGCACCCAAUGCAGCACACUCCAUCCCACCUCACACUCUGACCCGGCUGGCACGAGAGUGGCUGGCAGAGGACACACCAAACUUUGACCCGGCGGGAGUGUGUGUGGGGUCACAGGAGGUCGAAGCGAGGUUGCUGUGUAAAACACCACACAGCAUCCUGGCAGGGAGCCCCUUCUUCACAGCAGUGUUCACAGAGCUCGGCUGCACCGUGGACUGGAUGUAUGAGGAGGGAGCCGAUUCUGGUCCAGAUGCAAUCACGCAUGCUGUGGUGAGAGGCCCAGCAAGGUGCCUCCUCCUCGGGGAAAGGCCGGCUCUUAACUGCCUGGCCCGGGCCUCGGGGAUCGCCACACGCUGUUCUCAGCUCCAGGCAAUGGCAAGAGUGGGAGGCUGGCAUGGAGAAGUGGCUGGCACACGCAAGACCACCCCGGGCUUCCGUCUGGUGGAAAAGUACGCCAUGCUGGUUGGCAAUGUGUCUAUGCACAGACAGGACCUGAGUGGAAUGGUGAUGCUGAAGGACAACCACGUCUGGGCAUCAGAGAGUAUCACACAGGCUGUGAAAGCUGCCCGGUCAGUGUGUGGCUUCAGCAGUAAGAUUGAGGUGGAGUGCCGCUCUGCAGAGGAGGGCAGAGAGGCGGCAUGUGCUGGAGCAGAUAUCGUUAUGCUGGACAACUUUCAACCUCAGGAGCUCCAUGUUGCAGCUCGUGCUCUGAAGGAGGCGUUCCCAACACUUGUGAUCGAGGCCAGCGGAGGAGUGACUCAGGAGAACUUAACUAUGUAUUUCUCCCCAUAUGUGGACAUCAUUUCUCUGGGCUGCAUAACACAGGGCUGUCCAGUUGUAGACUUUUCGCUCAAGGUCCAAAAGCCUAUUGUUAACUCAAGCCUCCAAGAAUGAUGACCACCACAAAUAGGAUGUGAGUGCCACAAUGAUUGAAUGAGAAAAUUAUGAAUGUGAGAUUUUGUUAUGAAAAAUAGAGGAGCCUUUUUUUCCAACUACUGUUACAGUGGUCUGUUGUUCUGCUAAAGCUUUACAAACUCACAUCCUGUUUGCUCACUGUGUCAUCAGUCAUUUGAUGAGGAUUAAAGGAAAAUAGAAACAAGACUGAACUUGCUUCUCUGCCGGGGCCAUGACAAUUUCAUGUAGAUCUUGAAAAUCAAAAUAUGCAAAGCUGCAUUGCCGUAGAGGAACAGCAGUCACAAGUUGAAACUAAUCAGCAGAGUAACCACAGGAAGGAAAAUUAAGGUAAUAUAGGUUAGCAGGCAGCCUAUAAUAUGACCUAGUAUGUCGAAGGGUUGAUUCACCCAAACAUUUUUCUAACUAGCGGUGUCUAGCCACGCAGAUAGCUUAGUUUUAGUUUUCCAGCUUUUGAGGUAUCCAUAAAACAUCAGCUGGCUGCCACUCCACACACAACGGAGGUGAAUGGUGUACACAACACUGAACAUGACAUACAGAAAAUGCAACCUUUCUUUCCAGAAACAAUGUCCUGAUUAUUUUUUGUUUAUAAAAUGGGUAUGGCAUUGGUUAAUAUCCGUGGUAUAAUAACCACAUACCACUGUUAUGACGUCUAGCUCCUUUGCAUUUUCAGUAUCACUCCGCGUUUGAGAAAAACACAAGCUGCCUUCACAUGAUAAAAAAUGUGCCCUUUGCUCACUGUGACGUAGGGCGCAGAGCCUUGCAGAGGCAUAGCACAGUGCAGGUAUAAUAUGCCAUCAAAAAGUGCGCAAGGAAUGCCAUUCACUGUUUCUAGGCAGGGCCGGCUCUAGGCCUUUUGGUGCCCUAGGCCAAAUUCAGAUUUGGACCCCCCCGCCACCGCCGGCACCGCCCUUUAUAAGCCUAAUUGUUUUGUGAAUAUUCUGACGUGUUCAUUUAUGUCGAUUAUUGAGGUCAUAAUUAGUGUUAGAGUUGUAUUGGACUGCAUUAUACUAAUUAACUGCACCCUAAUUAUAGUACCUAGUAUAUAAAGAAGUUAAUUUUAGCUCAACCAUGACAACAUUAAAAUGCUGCUCACCCAAUAAUGCAUCAGUAAUCACAUUCCAAUAAUGAAUGGAGCAAUUCUGUGUAAUGAGUACUUUUACUUUACAGUACAUUUUAAUGCUAUUACUUAUAAACUUUUACUCAAGUACAUAUCAAAAUGCAGGUCUUACUUGUAAUGGAGUAUAUUUAUACUGAGGUAUUGCUACUUUUACUUAACUAAAAAAUCUCAAUACUUCUUCCACCAAUGAAAUAAACCAUCCUUACUUUACCACAUUUGUGAGAUGGUAUAAUUAUCAGAGCGCACUGGGGUUCCCACAAGUUAUUCACAGGUUUCUCUCUUUAACACCCGGUUUAUAGAUAACUGUUUCAUAUCUUUAUUUGAGUCUUGUUCUCAGUAAAUCCUUCUUAUUAUAGUGUAUACAUGUUGCAGGGGUUAACCAAAAUGUGUGUGGUUUGGGGUCCAGGCUAAUUUUAAGAUGUUAAACCAAUAUGAUACAAACAAACAACAAACAAAUACAAGGCACAAUCCCAGUGAAUUGAAUCCUGCCACUAAUAAACUUGAAUCUGCAUAAGAUCA